GCAAACGUCCUCGUUCCAGCCGGCUGUAUGUUGUCGCGUGCUUGUUGUUUAAUGACAACUCACUCCAACACUCACUCACACUUUUUUAUCCCAAGAUGGUCAGGCCUGUGUCUCCGCUGCUCCAGACUGUGACGUUGCUGUCAGGGCUGGUGAUCUUCACGGUUUCACAAAGAGGAGCAGAAAAGAAGCCAAACUUUAUCAUCGUACUGGCAGAUGAUAUAGGCUGGGGAGACCUGGAUGUUAACCAACCAGAGAAACACACAAAUAAUACACCAAACCUCAACCAGAUGGCCCAGCAAGGGCUCAGGUUAACAGACUACCACUCCCCUGCUUCCACCUGCUCUCCAUCACGUGCUGCUAUCCUGACCGGCCGCUAUGGUCUCAGAAAUGGAGUGACUCAUAACUUUGGUGUGAACUCUGUGGCUGGCCUGCCUCUGUCUGAAGUCACAUUGGCCCAGUUGCUUCAGCAGGCCGGUUACUACACCGCUGUUAUAGGGAAAUGGCACCUCGGACACAACGGACCUUACAGUCCAAACAACAGAGGAUUCGAUUAUUACUUCGGCAUUCCCUACAGUAAUGACAUGGGCUGUACUGAUACACCAGGAUAUGAUCUACCCCCGUGUCUCGCUUGUGUUUCAUCAGAACCUCAAGUGAUCAGACAGAGGAGGAGUGUUCACGGUGGCUGUUAUUCCAAGGUGGGACUUCCUCUGGUUGAAAACGGCUCCAUUGUGGAGCAGCCGCUGAACCUCUGGGCGCUAACAGAGAAGUACAGAUCUGCUGCUCUCAGGAUUAUACAAAGUGCAAGGGCCCGAGCACAGCCAUAUCUCCUUCUGGUGGCGUCGGCUCACAUGCACGUCCCGCUCGCCCCCGCGGUGGCGGAGCUUUCAGGUGACGCAGUGUACGCCGCCAGCCUGCGGGAACUGGACGGUCUGGUCGGGGCGUUAAAGGCUGCCGCCGAUGAGACGGAUAGAGGGAAUACUCUAAUCUGGUUCACUGGCGACAACGGCCCAUGGGAAGAAAAGUGCCAGUUUGCAGGGAGCGUUGGGCCUUUCACUGGAAAAUGGCAGACCAGCAAAGGCGGCGGAUCAGCUAAGCGGACUACAUGGGAGGGUGGUCACAGGGUACCAACUGUGGUGUACUGGCCAGGCAGGAUCCCUGCAAACACCACCAGCUCAGCCCUGCUCAGUGGUAUGGACAUCUUUCCAACAGUUCUGUCUCUGGCGGGCGUAGCGCCCCCUGCAGACAGGCGUUACGAUGGAAUCGAUGCCAGCGGCGUUCUGCUGCGCGGCGAACAGUCUGGUCAUGAGUUCCUCUUCCACCCCAACAGUGGCGCUGCAGGAAAGUUCGGGGACUUGCAAACAGUUCGAGCCGGAAAACACAAAGCUUUCUACAUCACAGGUGGAGCAGCAGCUUGCAGCGGCAGCACUGGCCAGGAGCAGCUCCACGAUCCACCUCUGAUAUUUGACUUGGAUCGUGAAGAAGCCGAGGAAACACCCCUGCAGUUCGCCACAGCCGAGUACAGGGCGAUUGCAGAGAGGGUAGCCCGCAAAAGAGAGGAACUCCUGUGGGACAUCGCCACUGAUGGAUCGGUGUCCACAGCGGACUACAGCCAAGAUGAAUUAGCGGCGCCGUGCUGCGAUCGGAGACAGGCCGUGUGUCGAUGCCACACCGUGUGCAGAGGCCCGGAAGAAACAUUAAUAACAGGCACAAGGAACGGGCCAUGAGGUAGGCGAACAAAAGCGCAGACACACGACUCAUUCGCAACAGUUAGUGUGCAGAAAGAGUUGAUUAAAAGGUUCAAUGUUCAGAUGCAGCAGAUGUGCAAACAAGAAAUACCAGCAGCUGAAAUCUGAUUGUUUAUCUAAAGGGCUUCUGGUCCAGUUCUGUUUCAGAUCGAUACUUUAAAAAAUCCAUAAUACAUCUGCAGCCAUCAGACUGUGUGUCAUUUAAGUGUCAUUUUGUUGAUCUGUGAACAAAGUUCCUGUUAAUCAGCAGCAUGUUUCACCUGUAGAGGUGAUUGGUCAUCCAGGCUUCAGUUCCUUUGUUGCACGUUGUCGUCUGAAUCCUGAGACUGACCAGUUCAGAGGUCUGAAGCCAUGCGACUCUUAACUUCUAUCAAAAAACACUAAAGAUGUAGUGUUUUAAAAUGCUAGCUGUUUUCAUGCAAUACAGCUCUGGAAAACAUGAAGAGACCACUGAACUGAAAACCUCCUGGUUAUUACACUACAUAUUGAUUUCUGAACUCUUCCUGAGCUAAAACAUUAUUGUUGUUUCUAAAUGACUAUGAACUUGUUUUCUCUGCAUUAUUUGAGGUCUGAAAGCACUGCAUCGUUUUAGUUAUUUUGACCAUUUAUAAUUUUCUGCAAAUAAAUAGUAAAUUUUUGCUUGGGAUUUUAGAGACGUGUUGUCAGCAUUUCAUAGAAUAAAAGAACAAUGUUCUUUACUCAAAACAUAUAAAUAUAAAAAGUCAACUCAGGGAAACUGAUCAUUUUAAGUGGUCUGUUCAUUUUUUUUCCAGAGCUGUAUAUGUAGUCUAAGGGAUAUUCUUUUUUAAUAUGUUUUUUCUCUUUUGGUUGCAAAGUUUGUGCUUCUUUUGAAAUAAUUUUCUGUUAAAAAUUUUACAUCCCACUGAAAAACUCUGUACAAUCUUGUUUUAUAAAAAAGAAAAAGUUAGAUAACUGUUAUUAUUUAAAACCUAACAUAAACAAUCUAAAUAAGCUAAGCUAAAUAAGCUAACGUGUUUUAUGUUGCUUUGACCAAAGGCCAAAAAAGGUUCUGUGUUGUAAAAGUCACUGACUCCUGAACUAGUCCCAAAAAAUGCCUAACAGGAAGCACAAUGUACUUAUAAGUAAAACACAUUUAAUGAUCACUUGUUAUUUUCCACGCUAAAUGAUUUCAGUAGUCAAAUAUGCAGAACUUAAACAGACACAGGGAGUUUGGGAGGUUGAGUCACUUUGAGCUUUAAUGUGUCGCUGGGUAAAAUAUCCUGAACUGAACAGCUCAGAGUGUCCUAACAGCGCCAUCUUUUGGCAAGUCACGUUUAAUUACCAGGUUACCUAGUACACUUGUAUUAUAUAGAAAUUCAAUAUUUACACAUUAUACAUACAGUAAAAAUUCUUAACAUACAUUAGGUAUGGUAAGUCUAUGUGCUGAUGUGUAAUAAUGCUUUUGCAAAAGAAUGUUUAAUACAUCAAUGUAAAAAUAACUGAGUUACAUCUGAACAUCUUCUUAUUAAAAAGGUUUGAAUGCUA